CUUUCUCAUUUAUGAUGCCAACGCAAGGUUGAGUUGAGGUUCUAGGUUGCCUCGAAGUUGUCCGUCGUCGUCGCUAGUUUGUCGAGUCCACAGUGUCGGUGCACAGUUAGGUAGCCAAGAAAUGGCCAGCGUAGAAGUAAACGGACUGAGUGCCACAAAUGGCUCGCCCCGGAAAAGACCUCGGAUUGUCCCCGCCGAAUCGAAAGCGAUAGUGAUUCUGGGAGCGCAAUGGGGUGACGAAGGCAAGGGAAAGGUCGUGGACAUGCUGGCCGAAACCGUAGACAUCGUUUGCCGGUGUCAAGGUGGAAACAAUGCAGGACACACGGUGGUGAUCGAAGGGAUGGAAUAUGAUUUUCACUUGUUGCCGAGUGGUAUUAUCCAUCCCCAAUGCACUUCCGUCAUUGGGAAUGGCGUGGUAAUCCAUUUACCAGGAUUGUUCGAAGAAGUGGAAAAAAACGAAAGAAAAGGGCUGCAGAACUGGGAAGGACGCUUGAUUAUAUCGGACCGCGCUCAUUUGGUUUUUGAUUUCCACCAACAAGUUGAUGGACUCCAAGAACAAGAAAACACCCAAAAAGGUCAAGGUUUAGGGACUACGAAAAAAGGGAUUGGACCGACGUAUUCGUCGAAAGCGACAAGAAAUGGCAUCAGAAUUGGGGAAUUGUUAGGAGAUUUUGCGCAGUUCGAAAAAAAAUUCAAAGGCCUAGUGAAUAUGUAUCAGAGGAUGUUCCCGGACUUGAAAGUCGACGUCGAAAGUGAAUUAAUUAGGUACAAAAAAUUCGCCGAGAAAGUAAGGCCUUUUGUUCACGAAACGGUUUCCUUCCUGGACAAAGCAAUAAAAGCGGGGAAAAAAGUAUUAGUGGAGGGUGCCAACGCAGCAAUGUUGGACAUUGACUUUGGGACUUAUCCUUAUGUUACAUCUUCGAAUUGUAGUGUGGGUGGGGUAUGCACAGGCCUAGGGCUUUCGCCUUCAAGAAUUGGUGAAAUUAUAGGUGUUGUUAAGGCCUACACAACGAGGGUAGGAGACGGUCCUUUCCCGACUGAACUACACGAUAGUGUUGGGCAAUGUUUACAAGAACGAGGUGCCGAAUUCGGUGUCACCACAAAGAGAAAACGGAGAUGUGGUUGGUUGGAUAUCUUCCUUCUUCAGUAUAGCAACAUGAUAAAUGGUUACACCGCUUUAUGCCUAACGAAACUUGAUAUAUUAGAUACUUUGCCUGAAAUCAAGCUCGGUGUUGGAUAUAAAUUAAAAGGAAAGGCGAUUGAUUAUUUCCCGUCUAGUGCGGCGGACCUCGGUGAAGUAGAGGUUGAGUACAUUACGCUGCCUGGGUGGAACACGUCUACAGCAAACGUACGAGAGUUCAACGAUUUGCCAGAAAACGCGAAAAAAUACGUCGAUAAAAUCGAGCAGUUGCUAAAUGUUCCUGUGAAAUGGAUAGGAGUCGGCAAAGGCCGGGAGUCCAUUAUAACAAUAGCAGCCCAGUAAACACUACCACAGUACACGUUUUAAUUAAAUUUUUAAUGUGUAAUUUCAUCAUUUUAAAAUUAUUGCGCUAUAGUGAAAUAUGCAAUAGUAUUAGACAUUAAGUACAAACAUGUAUUUAAACCGAGUAUUUGUUGUUUAUUCUUAUUUUUGUUUAAUUUAGAAAAAUUUUUAUUGCAAAUAUGUUUAUGAAUUGAAUUGUUAUCAAGCUGAUGGUUUUUGUAAAGGCAAAUUUAAAUUUUCACUUUGCACAAAUAUUAAGUAGAAGUGUAGGUAAUCAGUUGAAUUGUGGCUUCCAGUAUUUGCUACAAUAAUAAUAAUAUUGUUAUAUAUUUGUGCAGUUGACUGAAUCAUUGGCUGUAGUGCCUAUUAAAUUUUGUAUACAAUAUUUAAAAGUGCGCAAUUUAUUUGAAUUGAGUACUUGAUACCCAAAGGAUUUUGGCUUUUUAAUUGUCGGUAAAAUUGUGUACAAGUUGCGUGUUAUCUACGUUAUAAAUUAUCAAGUAUCACAGAAAAUGGAUAAGCAACAAGUGUAAAUAUAGUAUUUCUUAUCUGCUAUUAACUACAGUUAGACUUUGUUUUACAGGUGUAAUUGAUAUUAGGAUUAGUUACUUUUGAGAAUCCAGCGAUUAACUUGGUUUUAAUAAAUCGUGCGCACACGCCUUAAUAGGAAUUUUACACUUCUAUUAAGUUUCUAAAAAUUUAUUUAUGUAAUUUGAAGGAAACCCUUAAUUGUAUUUUCUUUGUUUCAAUAUAACUGGUUCUAUUUUUCACUUGAUGCUUAAUCGCAACUUUCUGAUUGUUGUAUAAAUAUAUUUUAAAAGAAA